ACUAAGCUUCUAACAACGCGAGAACUACGCGAGAACGGUGCUUUCAGCUUAGGCCGAGGGCGGUCAGAUUCCUCGUAGAAACGGGAGCCAGCGGGGACCGGACUGAAUUUACUUCCUGAAAACAUCUAGAAGCGGUGGCGGCGGAGGGGGGGACGUCUUGUUGAAGCAGGAAGCUGCGCUGCAGGACGGGCGCCAUGGAGACUGCAGAAGAAGAAGAUAUAUGCAGGGUUUGCCGAUCAGAAGGAACAGCAGAAAAACCUCUUUAUCAUCCUUGUGUGUGUACUGGCAGUAUUAAGUUUAUUCAUCAGGAGUGCUUGGUCCAAUGGCUUAAACACAGCCGGAAAGAAUACUGUGAAUUAUGCAAGCACAGGUUUGCCUUUACACCAAUUUAUUCCCCAGACAUGCCUUCUCGACUUCCAAUCCAAGACAUCUGUGCUGGACUGGUUACGAGUGUUGGCACAGCAAUUCGAUAUUGGUUUCACUAUACCUUAGUGGCAUUUGCAUGGCUUGGAGUGGUACCCCUUACAGCAUGUCGCAUUUACAAGUGCUUAUUUACUGGCUCUGUGAGCUCACUUUUGACCCUACCCCUUGAUAUGCUGUCAACGGAUAAUUUACUGGCAGACUGCUUGCAGGGAUGCUUUGUUGUUACAUGCACCCUUUGUGCUUUUAUAAGCCUUGUUUGGUUAAGAGAACAAAUAGUUCAUGGAGGAGCUCCUCUGUGGCUGGAUCAAAAUUUCGCACAGCCUCAGAAUGGUUUGAAUGGCCAACAAAAUGAGGCACAAGGUGCUGGUAAUGAAGUUGUUGAAAAUGUGGCCUUGGACCAUCCAGCUAUUCCCCCAGUGGAAAAUGCUGUAGUUGGGGAAAAUCCUGAUCUUCCAGAGGAUCAGGUGGAAGAUGAAGAGGAAGACAAUGAGGAUGAUGCAGUUAUUGAAGAUGCAGCUGAUAUAAACAAUGGGGCACAGGAUGAUAUGAACUGGAAUGCCCUAGAAUGGGAUCGAGCUGCAGAAGAACUCACUUGGGAACGGAUGCUGGGCUUAGAUGGAUCACUGGUUUUUCUGGAACAUGUCUUCUGGGUUGUGUCAUUAAAUACCCUUUUCAUCCUUGUGUUUGCAUUUUGUCCUUACCACAUUGGACACUUUUCUGUUGUUGGACUUGGAUUUGAUUGCUAUGUAAAAGCUUCCCACUUUGAAGGUCUCAUAACAACAAUAGUUGGAUAUGUUCUACUGGCAGUCACAUUGAUUCUCUGCCAUAGUUUAGCAGCAGUUGUGAAGUUUCAGCGAUCAAGACGUAUACUGGGCAUAUGCUACAUAGUUGUGAAGGUUUCCUUACUGGUUGUUGUAGAGAUUGGUGUUUUCCCCCUCAUUUGUGGUUGGUGGUUAGACAUUUGUUCAUUGGAAAUGUUUGAUGCCACUUUAAAAGACAGGGAACUAAGUUUUCAGUCAGCACCUGGAACCACCAUGUUUCUUCAUUGGCUUGUUGGAAUGGUUUAUGUUUUUUAUUUUGCAUCUUUCAUCCUGUUACUAAGAGAGGUGUUAAGACCCGGAGUACUGUGGUUUCUGAGAAAUUUGAAUGAUCCAGAUUUUAAUCCAGUCCAGGAAAUGAUCCAUUUGCCAAUUUACAGACAUCUCAGAAGAUUUAUUUUAUCUGUGAUUGUCUUUGGAUCUAUUGUAAUACUUAUGCUUUGGCUUCCAAUUCGCAUUAUGAAACAUGUGCUGCCUACUUUUUUACCUUAUAAUGUGAUGUUAUACAGUGAUGCUCCUGUGAGUGAACUGUCAUUGGAGCUACUACUUCUUCAAGUUGUUUUACCAGCUUUACUAGAACAAGGACAUACUCGACAGUGGUUGAAAGGUCUUGUCAGAGCUUGGACUGUAACAGCUGGAUUUUUACUAGACUUGCACUCCUAUCUUCUUGGAGACCAAGAGGAAAGUGAGAAUCAAGCUAAUCAACAGGCUGCCAACAAUCCACUUAUUCGAAACAAUGCCAUUCCAGUUGUUGGUGAAGGUUUGCAUGCAGCCCAUCAAGCCAUACUGCAGCAAGGAGGCCCUGUAGGAUUUCAGCCAUACCAUAGGCCAAUCAAAUUUCCUCUCAGGAUAUUUUUAUUAAUAAUUUUGAUGUGCAUCACAUUAUUGAUUGCUAGCUUAGUUUGCCUGACACUACCAGUGUUUGUAGGGCGCUGGCUGAUGUCAUUUUGGACUGGAACUGCAAAAAUACAUGAAUUAUACACAGCUGCCUGCGGUCUUUAUAUAUGUUGGCUGUCUAUUAGAGCUUUAACUGUAUUAUUUGCAUGGAUGCCACAAGGACGGCAGGUGAUUUUGUUAAAAGUUAAAGAAUGGUCACUUACGAUUAUGAAGACCUUAAUUGUUGCACUUCUUCUGGCUGGUGUUGUCCCUCUUCUGCUUGGUCUCUUAUUUGAAUUAGUCAUUGUUGCACCUCUCAGAGUUCCUUUGGAUCAAACGCCACUUUUUUAUCCAUGGCAGGACUGGGCCCUUGGUGUUUUGCAUGCUAAGAUAAUUGCUGCUAUAACUCUCAUGGGUCCUCAGUGGUGGUUGAAAGCUGUAAUAGAACAGGUAUAUGCCAAUGGAAUACGCAAUAUUGAUCUACAUUUCAUACUUGGCAAACUGGCUGCUCCAGUUAUAGCUGUUCUUUUGCUGUCGCUGUGUAUACCAUACAUUAUUUCUGCUGGAAUCGUAAUGUUAAUUGGUGUAACCUUUGAAAUGCAGAAUCUAGUUCAGCGUCGCAUUUAUCCAUUCUUGCUGAUGGUGGUGAUACUAAUGGGGGUCCUGUCUUUCCAAAUCCGACAGUUUAAGCGACUUUAUGAGCACAUUAAGAAUGACAAAUAUCUUGUCGGUCAACGUCUUGUUAACUAUGAACGCAAAUCUGGAAAAUCCAAAACUUCGCCUUUAACAUUUCCUUCUCAAUUGGCAAGGGAGUGAAAGGGACAGAGAAGACUUUAGAAAAUAAUUGCAUACCUCCACAAACUCCUGAUAACUUUUUUUUAAAGGAAUGAAAUAGCGGGCGGUGUGGGGGUGGGGGGGGGGGAUGUUCUUCAGCAGAGUUCUCCAAUAAUAUUAGAACAGAAGUCAUAAAAUGGCUUGAUUCUACUCAAAUACAUUAACAACAUCAUUGAAUUUGUGUGGACAUUGUAUACCAGAGUGGGAAUAUGUGGAAUACCAAAUGAAGAAUUUUGUGAAUAUCUUUAUUGUAAAUCUUAAAAACUAUAUUAAUUUAUUAAAUCCAGGUGUCACUUUAAUCCUCCGUUGUGGACAGUUUGUUUUUUUGUUAGGAGAUAAAGCAAAUUUUCCAAAAUAUUUUAAAAUUAUAAACACUGCAGAGGAAAAUAAAAGAAAAAUCCUGCUGCCUAAAUGGAAAAUGUAGCUUUAGUUGAAGUUCCCCUGACUUGAACUAUAGCUGUUGGCUUAGAACAUCAGCAAAGUUCUAUAGGGUUGGGUGCACGCAUAGCAAUAGUGUGCUGCACAGCCAGUUACCAUGUGUUAAGGUCCUACAGAGAUUUGCCAUGGUUUUGCAAUGCAGGCAUUGGGGCUGCCGGUAUUCAGAGGUGGAACAUGUUUUAAAGAAACCUGUAAAAAAUGAAAGAAGCACCACUUUUCCUCUACACAGGUUUUGAUAAAUCUCCCCCAUUAUGCUUAUUAGUCAUUUGACCAUUGUUUGCUAGUUAGAGGGAGGUAUCCUCCCUGGCACCUAAUAUGGCACAAUAAGAAAUCCCUUGAUCUAGUAAACAUAAUUCUUUUACAUAUAACUUAUAAUUACAAUUUUUUUUAAACAAGAAAAGUAUCCAACCUGUCUUUAACAAAUUAUAUAGUAUUUACAACAUUAUUUUGUAGGGUGUUCUGUAGUCUUAAUGCUCUUACAUUAAAAAAAAAAAAAAUGAAAACCAAGAUGAAAAGGUAAAGUAAAUUUUUUUUUUUUUUUUUUUUUUUUAAAGGCAAUAGAAUUUAUAAAAAAUUUCAGUGAAAUAGCAGCAUUAUUGUGAUCAGUGUGUAACAAGUUUACCAAUGUGGAGACAAGCAGAGUGUCAACACAAUAAUUCUGACAUUGCUGGAAUUCUUGCGGUUAUUGUAAGUUGUCUGCAUCUUUUUCCCUCAUAGGGAAACAAUGAGGCUUCUUGCCUUGGAGCUCUAGCCUUAAUCAAAAUAUUUGAUCAAAAUACAUGUUUUAAAGUAACUUAGGCUGCGCUCACACAGCCGUCUAGACCAGUUCCGUUCUUCUCCUGUCAAAAUAAAAAACGGACUUAAAAAAGACAAUAACGUUAUAUAAUAUCCGUAUGGAUCCGUUUUUGUUCAGUUAAUAAACCCAAAAAAAUAUAUAUUUUUUGUCCUGAGCAUGUUCAAAAGUAAAAACAGAUCAAAAAACGGAUGCAAAUGAAUGACAUUAAAGGCUCAUCCGUUUUCCAUAGACUUCAAUGUUAAAUUUACUGUAUCUGCUUUUUCUUCCAUUUUUUGGACGGAAGAAAAAAUCUGCAUGUGCCGUCACAAAAUACGGAAAUGAGUGCAGACUGGUGCAAAUGGAUUUUAAAUAAAAUCCCAUUGACAUGAAUGUGAUUUUUUUUUUAAACAGUUUUGAAUCCGUUUACAGCCUGCAAAAAAGCAAACAAAACGGGGAUAAAAAAAAUAAAUAAAAUAAACGGGGACAGACGGCUGUGUGAACGCACCCUUAGGAGAUAAAGUUGGAAUAGGUUACUCUAUUAAAAUAUAGUAAAGCAAAGCCUCUUUGAGACAAUCACCCAAAUUUGUAUUUAAAAUGGUCUUUUAGAUGGAUGGACAUCUGAAAGAAAAUAUAACAGAUGAUGGAACUGAAAAUUUUUUCAAGAAAUCUUGUUUGAAUAAGGGGUGGUCUUUUUGAAGAGGUUUGACUGUCCUUGCAGUUUGUGUAAUAAAAAAUUUCAUGAAAAAACUAAACAAAAAGUGAACUAUAUGCAAACAAAAAAUUUGAAGAAAAGCUAUUACAAUGAGCAAUGAAGGGACAAGUGUGUCCUCAAAUAUGUAAGUUGAUGUACCCCUGUUGUUGAUGUCUUGGAUUUUGUUGUUUAUUGCCUAAAUAAAGAUCUGUCUGCUUCACAUGA